UUGGACAGCAGUAUGGUGUUCUCACAGAAUUGGAUCCCAAAGAUGAAUUGUGUACUGUCUUCAUCAGCAACUUGGACUUCAAAAUAGGAAAGGAUGAAAUAAUUCCAUUAUUUAGUGACUGUGGUGAAAUUUUAGAUUUUAGGCUGGUGAAGGAUUACAAAUGUCGAAGUAAGGGCUUUGGCUACUUAGUCUUCAAGACACGUGAAGGUGUUGAGAAAUGUUUAGAACGUGAUCGAACUCUCAUCAGUGGACGUCCUGUUUAUGUUUCACAGUAUGACCCCAAUAACCAUUCUCAUAAAUUCAAAUAUGGUACAGACUUGGAGAAAGACAAAUUGUUUAUAAGGGGGUUGCCAUUCUCAAUGACAGAAAGUGAUGUAAGGAAAGCCUUUGAGCCACAUGGAGAAAUUAAGGCACUGCGGCUGGUCACCUUUCAAAUGGUCACCAAAGGCACAUGUUACAUAGACUAUUAUGACGCAGUUACGGCAGGAAAAGUUCAGCAAGCCAUGGAUGGGACAGAGCUAGAAGGUAAAGUGAUUUCUGUGCUCAUUAGUGACCCCUCUGCCAAAAAAAAUUCAUCUGGUACAGCUACAUCAGUCCUGGGGGAAAAUAUUUUAGGUGGUGGCAGUAAAGGAAAGAAAUUAGAUGGCAGUCGAGGUAAGGGCAUGUUCAAUUUGAUGCCUCGAGCUCUCUUACGUGCUCCUUCAACUUCCACAGCUGCUUCGGAGGCUCCCACUGCACGACCUCCAGCUAAGAUGAGUAAUGAGGACUUCCGAAAAAUGCUCCUGAAAAAAUGAAUGACCCUAAUAUUUUGUAAUAUAACAGUAAAUCUUUGUUACUGAAUAUUUACUGUAUAUCAUAGUUUUAUUAUCGUUUGUAAUACUGUAUACACCUUCAACCUUCAAUGGAUUGAUAUGUCAAAAGCCACCCUCUCAAGUAACAACAUUUGAGAAUCAGAUAGAGAAUCUUUGCUAUAUAUAUAUUGUAAUGCAUAUGAAGUUUUUCAUAUACUGUACCUGUACUCGUAUGACCAUGUUAAUGUGACAAGUAAGCAGAGUUGAGGAUGUGUGAAUGAAUUAUUGAACUCUGGAUGCAGGAGAAGGAAACAAAUUAGAAAUGAUGGCAGUGAUGUGCUCAAGAGGUGCUUGGGGAUCAAUAAAGGUGCAGAUAAUAAAAGAUACAGAAAUUAAAUGGAUGUAUAGGACUGAAAGAUGCAUUGAACAGAGAGGUGCCCAGGAUUUUCCAAAGUGGUAUGGAUUGGAUGUAUCAAGUGAAUGAAUGGUAAAUUGGUAGUACGUACAGUAAUUCAUUCAGACAUUGACGAUAGGUAAGUGAGGGUGGGACAAGAACAUGUACAAAUAGGGAGAAGGAAGGUUUUAGAAGAGUGGGGAUGGCCAUCCUUGAAGCAACGGAGUGCAUGAUUAGAGCAUAGCAUCAAGUGGGUUAUGUUGAUAUACUGUAACUGCAUUUACUUAAGUGAAGUAGAGUAUAUUUUUGCUCAUGGUUCUGGUCACCCUGAAGGAAGAGUGGAGAACUAAUCUUGAACUUGUUUACUCUGACAUGAACAGUUAAGAAUGUUACUGUAAAUAUAUGUAGUAUAUUUGCCCAGAAUUUUAACUAUGUUUCAUAAUUAUAAGCUAAUUAGCAAUCUGGAAUGGGGGGCUGCAAAUAUUACAGCAGUAGCAAAUACUUCAUAAAAAUAAGUCACACUGUGGAGAUGUGAGAAUGAGAUUCUGAAAGUGGUACAGUGAUUAAAUAUAUAUUCUGUAAACAGAUAUUUUUAUUGUCUUUUAUUGUCACAACUGAAACAUGAGACAAAAUCUAUUGAGUAAUACUACAAAGUAUACUAUCUUAUCAUGUGUAAGUUACUACCAACAAAAAUUGAGAAGAUACAUUGACAAUUAUGUUGUCAAUGUACAUUUCAAAUACAUCAGAAUCAUUUUGAGUUUGCUUUUAUUUGAUCUUGUCUCUCUUCAAAGCAGUUUUGAAACAAUUGUAGACAUAGUACAAUAAAUGAAUGAAUAAA